UUGAUGCGGAUUAAAGCCCGGGGUUUUAAUGGUCCUGGCUGCGGUGAAUUAGGAUGAAGGAACGUCCUCACGUUUUCACCAGGUCGCCUCAACCCCAACUCUUGUUCUUUUAGUUAUUUUGGUUAACAUCCUAGUUAUCUCCCAUCUAUUGUGUCAUCUGCGGUGUUGCAGCGGGCACGCACAGACGCACCGACGAUCUCCGCGUCUUUCCUUUUCUUCGCGCUUCUUAUUGGUUUGAUCCAGCCAGAACAGACCUGGAGGAGAUUUAAGUACUCGUCGUGUUUUUGGAAUAAGUGCCACUGCAGACAUCUCAUGAUGCUUUUCUGUCUAUGAAACUAAUGCGCGCACAGUUCCGAGCGCACCCGGUUCGUUCGUCUGCGCGUUUUCCUCCAGCGUGCGUGUGAUUUUUCACUCGGACUUCUUCGUUCCGUUUGCCAGGACUUGCUUUUGGUUUUUCAACAAAAGAAUACAAUGGCACGACUGUGUGCUCUUCUCAUGUUCCUCUGGCUUCUGGGCAGAUCGCUAGCAGGAUUUCCUAAUCAGAUAAACAUAGGUGGGCUGUUCAUGCGCUCUACCGUGCAGGAGCACAGCGCUUUCAGAUUUGCCGUCCAGCUCUACAACACCAACCAGAACAUGACCGAGAAACCGUUUCAUCUGAACUACAACGUUGAUAACCUGGAGUCGUCCAACAGCUUCUCGGUCACCCAUGCAUUUUGCUCGCAGUUCUCCAGGGGCGUCUACGCCAUUUUCGGCUUCUACGACAAGAAGUCCAUGAACACCCUGACCUCCUUCUGCGGCGCCCUCCACACCUCCUUCAUCACGCCCAGCUACCCCAUCGACUCCGACGUCCAGUUCGUCAUUCAGAUGCGGCCGCCUCUGAGGGGGGCCGUGCUCAGUCUGCUCACCUAUUACAGAUGGGAGAAAUUCGUCUACCUCUACGAUACAGACAGAGGAUUUUCCAUACUGCAAGCCAUCAUGGAGGCGGCGGUGACGAACAACUGGCAGGUGACGGCGCGCUCGGUGGGCAGCGUGACCGACCCUCAGGAGUACAGGCGCAUCAUCGAGGAGAUGGACCGGCGGCAGGAGAAGCGCUUUCUCAUCGACUGUGAACUCGACAGGAUUAAUGUCAUUUUGGAGCAGGUCGUGGCCCUGGGCAAGAACACCCGAGGCUACCACUACAUCCUGGCCAAUCUGGGCUUCGCCAAUGUGAGUCUGGACAAGGUGUAUCUCGGAGGAGCAAACAUAAGUGGCUUUCAAAUAAUCAAUCCUGAAAACCCUGUCGUGCAGCAGUUCCUUCAGCGCUGGGACCGCUUGGAUGAAAGAGAAUUCCCCGAGGCCAGGAACACGCCGCUCAAGUACACAUCUGCCUUAUCCUACGACGCCAUACUCGUGAUAGCCGAGGCCUUCCGGUACCUACGCCGCCAGCGGGUGGACGUGUCAAGGCGGGGCAGCGCCGGAGACUGCCUGGCCAACCCGGCGGUCCCCUGGAGUCAAGGCAUCGACAUCGAGAGGGCUCUGAAAAUGGUCCAAGUGCAGGGGAUGACCGGCAACAUCCAGUUCGACAGCUUUGGACGCAGAUCCAACUACACCGUCGAUGUUUACGAGAUGAGAGCAGGAGGGCCGAGGAAGAUCGGGUACUGGAACGAGUUUGAGCGCUUUGUAAAUAUAAUGGAUCAGCCGUACAGCAACGAUUCGUCCUCAGUGGAAAACCGAACAAUUGUGGUCACUACUAUUAUGGAAGCUCCGUACGUGAUGUACAAGAAAAACCACAUGCACCUGGAGGGCAACGACAAGUACGAGGGCUACUGUGUGGAUUUAGCGUCCGAGAUAGCCAAACACGUGGGCAUUAAGUACAGGCUCUCGAUAGUCAUGGACGGCAAGUACGGCGCCCGCGACCCUGAGACCAAGACCUGGAACGGGAUGGUGGGUGAACUGGUGUAUGGGAGGGCAGAUAUAGCUGUGGCCCCGCUGACCAUUACGCUGGUCCGAGAGGAAGUGAUAGACUUCUCUAAACCCUUCAUGAGCUUAGGAAUCUCCAUCAUGAUCAAGAAACCUCAGAAGUCCAAGCCGGGCGUGUUCUCCUUCCUGGACCCCCUGGCGUACGAGAUCUGGAUGUGCAUCGUGUUCGCCUACAUCGGGGUCAGCGUGGUGCUGUUCCUCGUGAGCCGCUUCAGUCCGUACGAGUGGAACUUGGACGAGACGGAUGAAACCAAAGACCCCCAGACUCCUCCCGACCCGCCUAAUGACUUUGGGAUUUUUAACAGCCUGUGGUUCUCCCUGGGAGCGUUCAUGCAGCAGGGCUGUGAUAUCUCACCAAGGUCCUUAUCGGGAAGAAUAGUGGGAGGUGUCUGGUGGUUCUUCACCCUCAUCAUCAUCUCGUCCUACACGGCUAACCUGGCCGCCUUCCUCACGGUGGAGAGAAUGGUCUCGCCCAUCGAGAGCGCCGAAGAUCUAGCCAAACAAACAGAGAUCGCCUACGGGACGCUCGACUCAGGUUCCACCAAAGAGUUCUUCAGGCGCUCGAAAAUCGCCGUGUACGAGAAAAUGUGGUCGUACAUGAAAUCGGCCGAGCCGUCCGUGUUCGCCAAGACCACGCCCGACGGUGUGGCGCGGGUGCGCAAGUCCAAGGGCAAGUUCGCCUUCCUGCUGGAGUCCACCAUGAACGAGUACAUCGAGCAGAGGAAGCCGUGCGACACCAUGAAAGUGGGAGGCAACCUCGACUCCAAGGGCUAUGGCGUGGCGACCCCCAAGGGCUCAGCAUUAAGAAACGCUGUUAACCUGGCAGUUUUAAAACUGAAUGAGCAAGGCCUCUUGGACAAAUUGAAAAACAAAUGGUGGUACGACAAGGGAGAGUGCGGCAGCGGGGGAGGUGACUCCAAGGACAAGACAAGUGCUCUGAGUCUGAGCAAUGUAGCCGGCGUCUUCUAUAUUCUGGUUGGUGGAUUGGGGCUGGCCAUGAUGGUGGCUUUAAUAGAGUUUUGUUACAAGUCACGCGCUGAAGCCAAAAGGCUGAAACUCGAAAAGAAUGCCCAAAAUUUUAAGCCCACCCCGCCGCCCAACACCCAGAACUUUGCCACUUACAGAGAGGGCUACAACGUGUACGGCACAGAGAGCGUUAAGAUCUAAAGUACAGAUGAGAUUUGGGCAAAAUGAUCAGUUCAGCCUUCAAAACUUCAAAACCAUGAGAAGAAAUCCUGUAAAGCGAUGGCUAGAUGUUCUUUUUCUUCCUCUUCCAUCCUUAUUUACCCACAACAUCCACCAUCACAGAGAGAAGGAGCCGAGUGGACGGAACCAUCCGAGAUAAAGAACCUGGACGUUUCCUUCAGUGCCUUAUGGAUCAUUCUGAGAUCAUUCACACCGAUGCAGCCUCCUUCACGUGCAUCAUGGGACAUCAAAUCACGUCACCUCGCUUCGGUAUACAUGAAGGAAUGCCGUCAUCAGCCACCAUCUGUGAAUAAACUCUUAAACCGCGUAAAAAACGACAUAAAAACUUCAUUAAAACUGAGAAACUAAAGCCAUCACUUGUGAUCUGAGCACAUUCGGACGAGCCGGACUGGAAACUGUGCUGAAGACGUCGAGUCUCAGACUCAAGGGACUCAACAGUUUGGAUUCAAGGGAGAAAAGAUGCUUGUACUUUAAUGUUAACUGUAAAUUUGCUUUCACAAUCACUGAUCGAAGCAUUAAGUUAUCAAACGUUGGGUUAUUACAAUUAGAAAUCAUUUAUUAUCAGAGACUGAUGCUGUUAUGAGUAGUGUUAGAUUUUCUCUUUAGUUUCUCGUCGUUUCUUUCUGUUGGUGCUGCUAAUUUGUCUGAAAUUUACAGAUUUCAAAGCUCAGACCCCUUAAAACAAUCAGUGACAACUGAAAAACUGGAAAUUGUAUUAAUUCUGUCAUAAAUAUACAACGUACACUAAAAAUUGCAUUUUUUUAAUGCAUUAUUUCAGUUACUGUGCAAGAAAGCGAUUCCACGACACGACACAACAGAUCGUCUACAUGUAGAUAAACAGCAACUCAUAAAAAUAUCAAGUGUUUAAAGCGUAGUAUUUAAUUACCUUCGACUUUUCUCAAUAUAUCAGACAUUUUAAAUCAGAUCUUUAUUUCCAUUCCUCAUUCAGUGUUGGAUGAACUGUUAGUGAAAUAGAUUUAUUAUCAUUAUUGAAAUUAGAUUUAUAAACGGUGAGAACAGGGGAAACCUUUAGCACAUUUACAUUUUGCUCUUACACUGUUUACUCCGAGAACAAGAAGAAGAGAAAAACUGUGAUUCCAUUGGACUCGGGACGUCCUGACCCAAUGGAAGGAUAGUUUUAUACAGAGACGACGCUUUUAAAGAAUUUAAAAACGUGUAUAGAAGUAAAUACUAUCGAAUUGUACAUUUGUUUAAUGAGAUUUCUAGAAGCCUGCGGGAUUUACACUUUAUUUCCAUUUUUUUAAUCUGCAUGUGAUGAGAAUCUGUGAUGCUUAUACAGCCCUGUUAAACUUUACAUUCAGCGCCGGAAGGUCGAGUAGAGGAAGGACGUGACUUUUCUAUUUAACCUUUUAGCUUUUCCUCCACUUCUGUUUCUGCUCCUCGGUCCAGAAAAAUAAUAAUAAUAAUAAAAAAAAAACCUCAGCAGGCUUCCGACUGACCGUAGAAGAAAGACGUGCAUGCAUGGGUGGAAUUAAGUGAAACCUCAGUAGUGAGGACUUGUACAAAGAAUUUUAAUAUAUUUUGUAAAUAAAAGCCAUAGAAAAAACGA